CAAGUUACCACCUUUCCUCUUUCUUCUCUUGAAAGAACUAGACUUUGGUAAAACACUAAUAAAAACUCAUUUGUUAAUUUUGCAACAAAAAAUCUCUCCAAAUUUUUUCUGUAGAACAUUUCAUAUUUCAUAUAAUAGUAUAAUCUUAUUAUAAAAUCCAAAGCUCUCGUUUCUCCUUUGGCUGGAUCACCCGUGAUCCCCUCUUCCAAAAACUCCAUUUACUGAAAUGUUAAAUGUAUACAGGGGAUAAGAGUGGAUAGAAACAAGAAAAUGGCAGAAAGAAGAGAGGAAGUUUAUUAUGACGAAGAGGAGCAAAAACUACAAGUAAAUGAUGCAAAUGAGACAGAAGAGAAUGCAUCUAUAAUGAUGCAAGAUUCAAUAUUUCUUCUUAAGCUAAACUUGGUUAUGGUAAUGGCUUCCCUUAGUCUAUCCAAUGAAGAGCUCUCAGAUUUUGAUGAUAUGGAGAAGUUGAGUGUUAAAGAUGAACAAGAGUAUAAGACAUUUGUAUCAAAGUUACACUCCCAUAAAAGAGGAUUUGAUGAGCUUAAAAUCCCAGAUCGACGAGCAUCACGAUCAAGAGUACAAACCAAAGUUAUAGAUUCCAGGCAUGGGCGAAAAGUGUGAAGAGCUUCCCUUCCCAUUUUGAUGGUACAUCUAUCUUAGAGAAAACGAUGCUGGCAUUCUGUAUAUGACUGUACAGUACAAUAUAACCUUAGUAAGUUAUACUUGUGUAAUCAUGCGGGAUUUUGGUUUGAUGACUAAAUGUAAUAUUGAGGACUGAGGUAAUGAGGUUUUUAGUUAAAAAGGGAGAGAAACACAUAUGAGAUUCUAGCCUUGUACUUCCUCCGUUUCAUAUUAUUCGCUACACUUUUCAAUUCAUGAACUCUUAGACAAUUUUUGGAGAAAAAAAAAAGUAGAGAGUAAAAAGAAAAUAGAUUCAUGUGAGAAGAGAGAGAUAAAGAGAG